UAUUAUUAUAUUGAUAUUUUUUAUUUUUUAAAAAUGAUUUGUCAAUUGAAUUAUACAAAGGAAAUAAAAUGGGACUAUGGAUUUUUAACGAAGAAGUGUAAAGAUGCGGGUAUUGAAGAUAAAUUUGAUGCUCACCAGAUGCGUCUCCGGGCCAACUACGUCGGCGUGUUUCUGAUGCUGCAUUUGUUUUUCACAAUAUUGCAUUGCACUUUGUUAUUGACGACCUGUGUGCACCUGGAUUUAAUAUAUAUAGACGUUUUCUGCUAUGUUGCAUUGAGCGCUGUCAUCAUUGCAGUAAUGUGGCCUAACAUAAAUGUGGAGUUUGUGAUGAGACAUAAAUUUAUGAUGUCCCUUACAUCGAUGAUUGCCGUGAUGGCUAUUGUUUCAGUUGAUCUGCUGCUUAAUUAUUUCCAUAAUCGGAAUAGUGAUUGGAUAUUGGAAACAAUCUUUGAUGUAUACAUUAUAUUAAUGAUUUAUAUGUUUUUGCCGGUUCCAUAUGUGCUUGCGGUGAUGCUUGCAUUUUCUGUGACUAUAACGUAUGUAACUUACUUUGGACUCUAUCUUGGCAUUGAAUACCGAAAAAAAAUGGGUUAUACGACACGUUUCAACCAAUUUAUUGUUGAGUUAUGCAACUAUAUUUGCCUAAAUAUGAUGGGUACCUAUUUUCGCGUAAUGCGSGAGAUAGUUGUGCGCGCCUCGCUACUUGAUCGGCAUCAGUAUGUAAUGGAGGAUACUACGUUAAGAAGCGCGCGUGCGCAGGAAAGAGUAUUUUUGCAUAGCAUACUGCCACCGCAGAUAGCAGAGCCCAUUCAAGAUGAUAUUCGAAAGCGACUUGAAUCCAUGGAAAAGCAACACAAAACUCCCUCUAUCAGGAGAACAUGUCGAAUUAUAUCCAUUCAAAUUCAUACAGACGUCACUAUUCUGUAUGCAGAUAUAGUUAACUACACAAUGUUAACCACAAAGUUACCCGUUAAGAGGCUUAUCGCUUUACUGCACGCUUUGUAUGCCAGAUUUGAUAAGGCUGCUUCCAAGUAUGCUGUGCAGCGAAUCAAAUUCUUAGGAGACUGCUACUAUUGUGUAGCGGGCCUUAUAAACCCAGAUCCUAACCAUGCCAAAUGCUGCGUGGAUUUAGGACUUUGUAUGAUCGAUAGUAUUCGAGAAAUUCGAGACAAAGUAAAAAUUGACAUCGACAUGCGUGUGGGUGUGCAUUCGGGAGAACUGUUUGCUGGUGUCCUAGGGGCAGCGAAACUACAAUAUGAUAUUUGGGGUACAGAUGUCCUAAUUGCGAAUCAAUUGGAAUCAACUGGUAUGCCUGGUCAAAUUCAUGUUAGCGAAAGAACUCUGCAAAUGACAGACGACAGGUACAAAGUAUAUCCUGGCACCGAUAAAGCCCGCAAAGAUCAUUUCCUUCGAAAGUUCAAUGUUGUCACAUUCCUUAUUACCGGUAUUGAUGAAAAUAAAACAAAUGAAUUUAAAUCUUUUGAGUAUCCUGGCUCAAUAAGUUCUAUAAAAGAGACAAAUGACAAUGGGCUAUCUUUAGAUGAAGAAUUGAAAAAGAUGCCGCUUGGUCCCAAAGGACUUAAAGAAGUCGUAUAUGAAAUAUUUAAUUUUAAACACAAAAAACAAAAAGAAAAGUCAACUACGGCCAAGUCAGAAAUUGGAAGUUUUUUAUUGCAUUUUCAUGAUUCCCGACUGGAAUAUAAGUAUAUCCACCAACCCGACUAUAUGUUGAAAUACAGUGUUCUCCUAGCCUGGUGCUGCGGUAUGACUCUUAUAUACGUACAACUAUUUUAUAACCAAAAAAAGGACAACUUCUCAGUUUAUGUGGAUAUAGUUCUUAUAAUUACGUUAUCCAUGCUGCUAUUUAUAACUUGGUAUAAGAAGAUCUGCCAUUGGCGCUAUUCCACAAUGUUACACACAUACUCACCUUUCACCUGCUUCUUAUUUAAAAUCGCUGAUAGUUUACAGCGCAGUCUCAUCAAUCGCAUCGGUAUAUAUAUGUACUUCAUUAUAUCUUACUUUUGUAUUAUUGCUCUUAUGCUGAAUGAUUGUGAUCGGGAUGAAUUCCAGUUAAUGCAUAUCGACAGCAUACUGUACAAGUACGAGCCUGAUUUUAUGAUGUGCUUCGCCCCGUGGACCCUGACGUGUAUGGUGUGCCUUAUUAUAAUGAUGAGUAUAAUAUUUACACGAAUUCCGUUUAACAUGAGAAUAUUUAUUGGCUUGCUAGAGGCUAUCAGCUAUUUAAUCAUCAUGUUUUAUCAAUAUGAGUAUGUUGUACACACCAGUUUGACAACCAACCCAUAUUUUCUACCUGAAUACGCACACUGCCUGUUGAUUUUAGUUACUUUGUUAGUUAUAUUUUUCAAGGAGCGACAGACGGAAUUCGAUAAUAAAAUCAAUUACAAAUGGAGUGUAGAGCUAAUAAAAAAACAGGAUGAUUCCCGUAUAGCUGCCCAAUCGAUAACAAUUUUAUUGCACAACAUUUUGCCAGCCCAUGUUGUCAAUGUCUACCUGACUUCGUUGGCCAAACACGAGCUUUAUUAUGAGAGCUACGAUAUGGUGGCUGUUAUGUUCGCUUCCCUCAAAAACUUCGAAUUAACUUUGCCUAACUUACGAGUUCUCAAUGAGAUUAUUUCCGAAUUCGACCAAAUUGGACAAAUAUCGAGUAGAGAAAAUCAAAAUCGUGGGCUCUACGUAUAUGGCAGCCUGUGGGUUGGAUGUACAGAUUGGUCUAAAUAUAAAAAACGAAACACGGAGCCAUGACUCUCUUAUCC